CAGAAAUUAGGAGAAGGCUGAGGUGACCUCCAUGUUACUGGGCUGCGCCAGGCACCUCAGCACAGCUCCACACCCCUCGUGAGAGGGGGGAACGGCUGUGGAUGUGUCUGUGUGUCAGCACAGCCUGCCCAAGCGCCUGGAGCGAGCACCUCCACGCAGCAGGGACACCCCCACAGCAGCCAUCCCCCACCUCGGCCCGGAAGCACACGUUUAUCAGCAGGGCGCCGGGCAGCGCUGGCUUUUCUCGUCAUUUCCCCUGCCUGCAGGCAGCGCUUGUGCCGCCCGGUCCCGCCGAGAGAAGGACGCCCACGGGGCCGGUCGCCUUCCCGUCAAGAUGUCGUACAUGCUACCGCACCUACACAACGGCUGGCAGGUGGACCAAGCCAUCCUGUCAGAAGAGGACCGUGUGGUGGUCAUCCGCUUCGGGCACGACUGGGACCCCACGUGCAUGAAGAUGGACGAGGUGCUGUACAGCAUCGCCGAGAAGGUGAAAAACUUUGCUGUUAUUUAUCUUGUGGAUAUCACUGAAGUACCAGACUUCAACAAGAUGUAUGAGUUGUACGAUCCCUGUACAGUCAUGUUUUUCUUCAGGAACAAGCACAUCAUGAUUGAUUUAGGUACAGGUAAUAACAACAAGAUCAACUGGGCAAUGGAAGAUAAGCAAGAGAUGAUUGACAUUAUAGAAACUGUUUAUAGAGGAGCCCGAAAAGGUCGAGGCUUGGUGGUAUCGCCAAAAGAUUAUUCCACUAAAUACAGAUACUGACACGUCUUUGGGGCAGCCUUUUCUUUUAGCCCUGCAUCUACUGAAAUUUAUUAUUGUGUAUGUGCGUACUAUAUAUAUGUCUAUUUAAAACAAAAAUAAACAAAAAAAAAAAAACACAAAUUGUUCAACUUUGAGCAUAUUUGAAUUAUUUAAAAGCUUUGAAUUUUGUUUUAAAAAGGUAGAAGUCAAAUCCUGGAACUGUCUGACUGCAGUAAUACUGUAGCUGUUUUUUGUUUUUUUUUGUUUUUUUUUGACUUUUACUCUGUGUUGACCUUUUGGUAUGAUGCAUUUUUGUACACAAAAAUCCUGUUUGUAGAAAAACAUUUCAAUUGUCUUUGCUUGCUUUUGUUACAUAAAUAUCUGGGAAAAUUAUAGUGUAGCUUUUUUAAGAAGAAUAAAACGAGGUCCACUGAUUUGCCUUAAUGUUCUUUAAAGUUGAGAAAGAAAACAAAUGUAAUUGGAUGCAAAAUCUUGAAGAUAAAGGCUUGUCACCUUUUUGUG